AUAUGCCACGUGGAGGCUCCAAAACUGGCUCAGGGCGCGUUUUAUCAAACGCCACCUCAUGAGCUUCCGCUCACCUUGAUCACUGACUCUCUCCGGUCCGCGCCGCCAUAACCUUCUUUAUACUCCUUCGCCAACCUAAACCAUGUCCGUUUCUAUACCCUUUCUACCCCAUGCGCACGCUAGACCUUCCUUCCUUCCCAUGUCUAUCCUGCGCCGCCUCCCCCUCCACCCGUUAACCCUCCGCCACCACCUCCCCCGCCGUCGAUUCGCCACUCUCGCCGCAGUUCGCCAAGACACCAGCGUCUGGACUCCAACCCCAAUCUCAUCAAUCGAGCCCGCCGCCGAAUCCCUCUUCCACGUUAGCAUCGACGUGUCGGAAUCUCCGGACCUAGCGUCCUCACAUACUCUUCCUGGACAGUACCUCCAGCUGCGGCUCCCGGACGUGGAGAAACCGUCGUUCCUGGCAAUAGCAUCUCCGCCGUCACUGGCGGCAGCGAGUGGAGUGUUUGAGUUUUUGGUGAAGAGCGUUGCAGGAUCGACGGCGGAGCUUUUGUGCGCGUUGAAGAAAGGGGAUGUGGUGGAGCUUAGUCAAGUGAUAGGAAAUGGCUUCAAUGUUGAUAAGAUCGAUCCGCCUGAGGAUUAUCCGACGGUUUUGAUUUUCGCUACUGGAUCGGGAAUCAGUCCAAUUCGAUCUCUCAUUGAGUCAGGAUUUGGUGCCUAUAAGAGACCUGAUGUGAGGCUUUAUUAUGGGGCUAGAAACCUUAGGAGAAUGGCUUACCAGGAUAGGUUCAAAGAUUGGGAAUCUUCUGGUGUUAAGGUUGUGCCGGUACUAUCACAGCCUGGUGAUAGUUGGACUGGUGAAAGUGGCUAUGUACAGGCUGCCUUUGCUAGGGCCAAGCAAAUUCAUAGCCCUAAGGGCACCGGUGCAGUGCUUUGUGGACAAAGACAAAUGACUGAGGUUGAUGAGAAAGGAGAAAAUUGGGUAUGAGUGUGUUUUUUUAUAGUAGAUUUGGAAGAUCAUAGAGAAUGAAAGAUCUUGGCUCCCUCUAAAUUCCAAGGAUUCAAAGGGAUGAGAAAACGAGGAUGUAUGGUAUUAACUGCUGGGAGCUGAUCAAGUAGCUGACACAUGUUUUGGAGGGGAUGUUGCUCGCAUCCUCCUUUAAUUUUUUGUAUGGAUUUGUGAAUAUGGGCUUAAGAUUUUGCAUUCUUCAAUUACUUCGAGCUUCUGAUUGAAAUGAAAUCUUAUCUGUUAAACAAUGCAUGGCUGAGAUGGAACUGAUUGAGAAGAUAAAUGCUUGAUCUCCAUGGAAUGAAUGACUAGGUUUUUGGAUGUUGGCUGACAUUAGAAGCUUACAGCAGAAGGCAGAAUUGUUAGGACUUAGCAUAUCCUAGGAUAUGGCAACAGUCGCCGUAGUGAAUUUACAAAUGGGGAGUAAACAACAGCAGAAAAUUGUUUUUUAUUAUUAUUAUUUAUUAUUUUGUGCUUGGAUUGUAAAUUUGCACUUUAACUGUGUUGGGGAGUUAAGACAUGACAUGUAAGCUGCAUGUUGCUAAAUAAGGGCACGAGUAACAAAUGUUGCU